AUGCCACCAGAUGCAUUUGCUUGCCAUCCUCUUGUUACUUGUCGACCACAGUUCCUUCAUCCAGUCUCUCUGAAAAAGCAACUUGAUCUACCUCUGAGCUGCAAAUAUUACAGGGGAGGUAAAAGAAUGAAAUUCAUUGGAAAGAGGUCCAUUACUGUAUUAGUUUUCAUUCUUUCAAUUAUCUCCAUCCUCAGAUUUCUCUGGAUCACUGUUACUGCUUCAUCUUCUUCACGUCCUCUUCCUGCUUUGCCUCCUACUUCUCUACACACAUGUUCCUCUGCUUCUCCAACAUGCAGGAAGACUCCAUUGCGAGCUCCAGGAGCCAGGAGGAGUCAGCAUAACAACUCUGCCAAUGCGACUGCCCUUACAGAAAAGGAAUUCCAGCUUUUGUCAAAUCUUAUUUCCCAUAGAGCCCCAUGCAACCUCCUUAUUUUCGGGCUUGAACCUCAACAUCUUGUUCUCGCAUCAAUGAAUGCUGGUGGCACCACCAUCCUUCUAGAGGAUGACCCUGCCAAGCUAAGCACAGUCAGAAGAAGAUCAAAUAACACUCGAAUAUACAAGGUUGAGCACCACAUACCUGCUGGAGAAGCAUACAGGGUGCUUAAGCAUGCAAGGGAAGAUCCAGCUUGCGCACCUCACUCCAAGCCACUAGAAGAAUCAACUUGCCAACUGGCAUUAACAAAGCUACCACAGGAAGUGUAUGAGCUCAAGUGGGAUGUGGUGGUGGUGGAUGGACCAAGAGGGGAUAGAGCAGAGGCACCAGGGCGGAUGGCUGCAAUCUACACUGCUAGCAUGAUAGCAAGGGCUGGGAACAUGACCAAUGUAGUGGUCCAUGAUGUAGAUCGAAUGAUUGAAAAGUGGUUUUCCUGGGAGUUCCUAUGCGACGAAAACUUGGUUUCUUCUAAAGGGAAACUCUGGAAUUUUAGGCUGGUCGGCAAAUCAAACUCUACAAGAUUUUGUCCCUCCGAAACAGUACAGUAA